CACAAUUCUAGAAAUUUGACAAAAUCUAGGAACUAGAGACUCCGGUUUUAUCUUCUAAUAUACUCAUCUCCAUCAAUCUCAACAUUAUUCAUUCCUCCCCCAUAAACAAAAAUGAUCACCAUGCUAAAUUAUUCUCCAAAAAUACUUGUUCAUAUCUUUCACCUACUAUUAUCUACCACUAUAAUUCUAGUCCCCUCAUGUUAUUGUUCUUCAAGUUCAUCAUGUGAUGAUAACCAUGGUAGUAGUGUUAUAUUCUCUUACCCUACCUUCAACACUUCAAGCUGCACACCUGAAGGUGGACUGUUGUGCAUGGGUGCAGUCUCCUCAAGAGAAGGGUACUUGAAUUUAACGACGGCGUCGGCGAAUAGCUCGUCGACGUCGGAUUUUAAUUCAAUUGCAAGAACAUUGUAUCAUGAUCCUAUUCAAAUAUGGCCUGCUUCUUUCUGUACAAGCUUCUCCUUUAGUAUUUUCCCUCGUCUUAAUCAAGAGUUUUCUGGUGAUGGUAUGGCUUUUGUCAUAGCUUCUGAUAAUCAACCUUCCCCUAAUCAAAGCUUUGGCUCUUAUCUUGGUCUUCAAGAUCCAAGACUUGCAGGUCACUCCAAAUUCCAACAACUAGCUAUUGAAAUAGACACAUACAAGAACGAAUGGGACACAGAUGGUAACCACAUAGGAAUUGACACAUUGAGUGUAAUGAAUUCUCUAACUGAAAAAACCCUAAAUUCAUCCCACAUUGAUCUCAAAAGUGGGAGACAAAUCAGAGUAAAGAUAGAAUAUAAUGGUUGGACAAAAGAUCUACAAGUAUUUGUAGGUUAUGAAGGAAGACCACUUACAAGUUUCCUGAAUUACACAAUCAAAAUCUCAAAGAAAAUCCCAAGUCAAGUUUACGUGGGUUUUACAGCCUCAACUGGAACUCUAACUGAAACACAUCAAAUUCAUGAUUGGAUUUUUACUUCCGAAAAUUUACCAUACUACACUGUCAAGGAUAACAAGAAGAAAGGCAUCAUUUUGGCAAGUGUUUUACCAGUUUUAGGGGGAUUAAUUAUCUUGGCACUAAUUGCAAUUCCGAUAAUUCGACGUCGAAUGAUUAAGAAGAGAGAUAGAUUAAGAAGAAUGGAAGAGCUUGAGAGGCAGUACGCAGCUGCGGCUCCUAGGAAGUUUACUUAUAAGCAACUUGCUAAGGCUACUAAGAAUUUCAGUAAGGAUAAUUUGUUAGGGACUGGUGGCUUUGGGAGUGUUUUUAAAGGCCAAAUUACGGAUCCUAAUCAGACUAUUGCUGUUAAAAAGAUCUCAUCUACAUCUCAUCAAGGUGAGAGGGAAUAUUUGGCAGAAAUUUGUACAAUUGGGCGCCUAAGGCACAAGAACCUAUUACAACUCCAAGGUUGGAGUCAUGAAAAUGACAGUCUUCUUUUAGUUUAUGAAUUCAUGGCUAAAAAGAGCCUCAACGAAUUUCUAUCAGGGCGAAGUUUCCUCGAUUGGAAGACUAGGAACAAAGUAAUAACUGGCUUGGCAUCAGCAUUGUUGUAUCUCCAUGAAGAAUGUGGUGAUCCUGUGGUGCAUAGAGAUGUAAAGCCUAGCAAUGUCAUGUUAGACGCCGAGUUCAACCCUCGUCUUGGCGAUUUCGGGCUAGCAAGAUUGCUUAGAAACACAACAGGAGUCACCACAAUGGUAGCAGGAACACUAGGGUACAUGGCCCCUGAGGUGAGCUACACCGGCAAGGCAACGAUCGAAUCGGACGUCUACAGCUUUGGAGUGGUGGCAUUGGAGGUAGUAUGUGGUAAGAGGUUUAGCAACCUUCUAGGAGAAAGUUGCUUGGUAGACUAUGCAUGGGAAAUGCAUGCAAAAAAUAGACUUGAAGAAUGUGUGGAUCCUAAAUUAGGUAGGAAUUUUGAUGAGGAUCAAGCUAUCAGGGUUUUACGUGUAGCACUUGCAUGUUUGCAUUUGGAAUCCAAUUUGAGACCUAAGAUGAGAAAAGUGGUAAUGAUUUUAAUGAAUUCAGAUGAACCUCUUAUGGAUCUUCCUGAUACACGACCUAAAGGUGUAUAUGUAUCACUACAUGGAUUUUCAAAUCCACCUAGUGUAGCUAAUUCUAACCCUAGUACUCCUUUAUUCACAUGGCCUGAUUACCAAUCUGCUAGUGGAAGUUCAAACUUUCCAGAUGAAUCUUUGGCUCGAUAACUAAAGUUAUUAGAUUUUCCUCAACUUAGUUUUAUCUCAAGAGGUUAAUUACUGUAUAAGAGGUUUUGUUCCUUGCUAGAUAUGUGUAUAUUGUUGUAUGAGUAUAAAGUUUGAGAUACCAAAAGUUGGCUCAAAUAUCAUACAUACUAGGUUUUCUUCUUUCUUUAGUGUAUUAGUUUAAUUUGUAACUUAUCUACACAUAAAAUACAACUCGUGAUUUUUUAUUGAGA